AUUACACCAAACAUGUCAAACAAAAAAUAAAGCACUACACAAUGUAGUUAUGUAUGAAUUAUUGUCUUACUUGUAAACUUUAGUGAUAAGGAUUUUAGCUUGAAAAGUAAUUAAAACUAAAAUGUCAAGUAAUGACAGUUUUAAAGAUACCGAUUCUGUAAUCAUUGAAAAGAUGGAACAACCACCUGUGCCUCAAACAAAAGCUCGUGAUGGUUGGCAAGGAAGAAUGGAUUUUCUCCUGACUUGCAUCGGAUAUGCAGUGGGAUUAGGAAAUAUCUGGAGAUUCCCGUAUCUAUGUUAUAAAAGUGGAGGAGGUGCAUUUUUCAUUCCAUAUAUCAUAUUUCUACUUCUUUGUGGAUUCCCCCUUUUCUUUUUGGAAGUAUCCAUUGGGCAGUUUUCUAGUCUGAGUCCUGUUACUGUAUGGCGAUUCUGUCCAUUGUUCAAAGGUGUUGGAAUGGGUAUGGUUGUAGUUUCAGCAAUUGUUUGUAUCUAUUAUAAUGUAAUAGUUGCCUGGACGAUUUAUUAUUUAUUCAUGUCAUUUAAAAAUGUACUACCAUGGAGUCAUUGUCACAAUUCCUGGAACGAUGAAAGAUGUGUUGAUGGGCUUGAAGAAGUAUUAAAUAUCACAUCAUUGAAUAUAACGAGUGCCAAUCAUACAAAAAUGACAGCCAGUGAACAGUUCUGGGAGAAUCACGUACUUGGUAUUACUGAUGGUAUUGAAGACAGUGGACAUUUAAGAUGGCAGCUCUUUAUUUGUUUGUCUCUAGCAUGGUUAUGUGUGUUCUUAUGCCUGUUCAAGGGUGUAAAAGUUCUUGGAAAGGUGAUGCAUUUUGCUGCUCCUUUUCCAUAUCUUGUUCUAAUAGCGUUAUUAAUUAGAGGCAUACAGCUACCGGGAGCUUUAGAAGGUAUCAAGUUCUACAUUAUUCCUAGAUGGGAGAAAUUAGCAGAUUAUCAAGUAUGGGGAGAUGCUGCCUUACAAAUAUUUUACUCUGUUGGAAUGGCAUGGGGUGGUCUGAUUACGAUGGCCAGUUACAAUAAUUUCCAUAAUAAUGCGUACAGAGACGCUAUGAUAGUUCCCAUUAUCAAUUGUGGUACUAGCAUAUUUGCAGGAUUUGUGAUUUUCUCUGUUUUGGGAUUUAUGGCACAUACCGCGGGUACAACUGUAGACGAAGUUGUUAAACAAGGUCCUGGUCUUGCAUUUGUUGCUUAUCCUGAGGCUGUUGCUAAACUACCUUUCUCGCCACUCUGGGCAGUUUUAUUCUUUCUUAUGUUAUUCACCAUCGGACUUGAUAGCCAGUUCGGAAUGUUUGAGACUGGCAUAAGUUCAUUUAUUGAUGAAUAUCCAAGUUUACUCAGAAGUAAGCGAGUACUUCUGGCUGCAGUUGGGUGUUUCGUUGAGUUUCUUCUUGGAUUACCAUGUAUUACACAGGGAGGAAUAUAUGUUCUACAGAUUAUGGACUGGUAUUGUGCAAGCUUCUCUCUGAUGAUGAUUUCACUUUUAGAAUGUGUUGUAAUUGCAUGGAUUUAUGGAACAGAAAGGUUUUUCAAAGACAUUGAAUUGAUGAUUGGAUAUAAGCCACAUAUAAUCUGGCAUUAUAUGUGGAGAUAUGUAACACCAGCUGUUAUUUUUGGAAUAUGGCUGUUUAGUAUAAUAACAUUGGGUCCAGUGACUUAUGACGGAAAAAGUUAUCCGACUUGGGCGAUAGUGUUGGGAUGGAUAUUAGGACUUUUGGCACUUGUCCCAAUUCCUCUUAUGAUGAUUAUUCAAAUCAUUAACACUGAUGGGGAUACAAUAGUUGAGAGAGUCAAGAAAUUGACAGUACCUGCAAAAAACUGGGGCCCAAGUAAGGAAGAGGAUAGAGAAAGAUAUGUGCAGUCAUUGUCAUAUGAUGAAUCCACAUGUUCUAACAUGAACGGCUAUCCCGUAGAUUGUGAAGUAGCCUUAUUACAACAUAAACAAAAAAUAGAAAUGAAUGGCACACCGUUAUAGAAUAUAAUAAGAAAUACGUGGACAUUCCAAAGGAGAUGUAGCAAGGUUAUGAAAAUAAAUAUGUUGAUGGAUUAAACGAUAUUUAAUUUUAAAUUGGUGUUCCCAUGAAUGAAUGAAGUAAAUGUACCAUUGUAUAUUUUUGACUUAUUUUUCUAUUGUUAUAACAGUAUGACAUUUAGUUUCAUAUCUUUUCCAAAUCUCAUUUUACUUCAACAAACAGUCAAAAGGAAAUUCUGUCAAGUUAGUAAAAUCUCAAGCAAGAAAAGGGUUUGUAUUGAAUCAUAAUACUAAAUUACAAUAUCAUUGAAAUAAUUAACGACCGUACAAGACCAUCAUGGGAGGUCAAGGUCGUUGAAAAAAAGCCGGGAAGUAUUCAAAAAAGCAAUCAGAAAUGUCAAGUCCACCUUCUUAAUAUUAUACUAGUACACCAAACAAAUAUAUAGCAAUAGAUGAAUCAAUUAUGUGAAAUAAUGACCCGUUUUAACAAUUCUAUUUUAUCAUGACAACCAUUUACUAGCAUUACAUUUCAACUGUUUAAAUCAUAAGAGGUUUUUAAGUAUGGUCAAGGCUGAUAAUAAAUACUUUGUGAUUUAUGUAAUUUUUAUCAAUCAUUCCUGUAAUAUAUGAACGAAUUGUAUAUCAAUUAUAUGUAUAUUUUUCUACUUUUUAGUUGUUGGUCUUUCAAUUGUUAAAUUUCUGAACGAUUUUGAUGACAAACUUUGUACUUCUAGGUGCAAUAGUCUUUUCACAACACUCAUAUUUCAAGGAGGAAGGUGUACCAAUCGCCGUGAUUAGUCUGAAUUUAUAGCAUUACCAAAUCAUGUACGAUUUGCAUUAUGAUCAUUGAUAGGUAUGUGCAAGUUUUUAACUUUAAAACCUUCAAAUUGUAUAUAUAUAUAUGUCAAGAUUUUAGAAAACUGACAUGCUUAAAUAUUCUCAACAUUUAUUUGCGAGUGGAAUAUGAAGCUUAUGCAAGCUACUAGGAAAUAUUUUUACUUUUUUUUUAUAUAAACACAUACUAUGGUAAACUAUUGUGUAUAAUAAGGCUCGUCUCAACAUGUCCUUUCUUGUCACUGUAUUUUAAGCUAUUUUUGGUUCUUUCAAAAAUAUUAUCUCUAUGAGAUGACAACCAAUGCAGGUAUUAUAUAGAAAUCCAAACUACCUAUUUUUCAAAUAUGUCUUGCAUCUUAUUAAUUGUGUUUAAAAUAAUAUUCAACUUUAAGUUAUGUGAAACAAACAAUCAUUGUAAUUAAGAAACUUAUAUUCAUUAAAUAUCAAUGUUUCUGUCAAUAAAAUAUAUUUGAUA